UUCAACAUGGCAGCGCCCCUGCUGAACUGUCAAAUACUGUUUCAGUGUUUGUUUAGGAUAUAAUAUACUUUAUUUAAAGCAUUUUAGUCAUGUUUCUUUAAAAUAACUAUUAUUUAACAUACCACCAAUCAUUUGGUAAUCAACAUAAUUUAGAAACAAAUGAUUGACAAAAUCGACUAAUUCUGUACUUUCUCAAAAAAAUUAUAUUGCAUAAUCAGAUAAUGAAUGCAAAACAAAGAAAGUCUCGUGUUCAAGGUGGCUGGUCUGUACCAAACAAAGUAAGAUCAGAUAAGGAUAAAAUUAAACCACCGGCUGUGCCAUGUUGGGUUGGUAAAAACAUUGACCAGCAUAAAGUAGAGGAGAAAAAGUUUAUUUAUGAAGAGGUUUCUGAGGGCUUUCAUCAAAAACCAGCAGUCAAAGUAAUUUCGAAACCAGGUGUAUAUGAUAUAAGUACUGAACCUGGUGGAAAUUCAAGAUUAAGGUUGUUCCCAUUAUUUAUUGAGCCCAAAGUUGCAGACGAGAUCUAUGAGACAUUGUUCCAUGAGUUACCAUGGCGACAGCAGAGUGAUAUACGUCGCGAUGGAGAGAAGUACUUGCAGCCUCGUCUUACCACAUGGUACGGGGACCAGCCAUACAGCUACUCUGGAGUCACACAUCCAGCUAGAACUGAUUGGCAUCCAACAUUACUGCGCAUCAAAGAAUUGAUAGCAGACUGCACCGGACUCAGCUUCAACUCCAUGUUGGCAAACCUAUAUCGUGAUGGACACGACAGCCUUGCCUGGCACUCUGAUGAUGAGAAGAGUCUUGGCCCCCAACCAACAAUUGCUUCCGUCUCAUUUGGUGAUACCCGCACCUUCCAGCUAAGAAAGAAACCUCCUCCGGAGAAGGCAGGAGACUACGAACUCAUGCAGCAUGUGGACGUUCCCCUGACCCACGGUUCCCUGCUUGUGAUGGAGGGGGCCACUCAGGAUGACUGGCAGCACCGUAUACCUCGGGAAUACCAUGACAGAUCUGGACGCAUAAAUCUCACAUUUAGAGUUAUUUUUCCUGAAUAGUUUACCGUAUUGUUAUUUCCGGAGUGGUCCUUGGACAGUUGGAUGGAUUUCUGCAAUCUGUGAUAGUAUUUCUUGUAAAUAUGUGUACAUAAACAAUGAGGUGGAUAUAGGAUUUGAUAUUAAAACACAUUCACUGUAUUUCUGUGUAUUUUCUUUGAAUUUAUUUUAAAGCAACACUGUUCAAUCACAAGUUGAAGAAAAGUGGAUCAAGAUGCCUUUUCAUGGUCCAACACCCUACAUAUUUUUCUGAAACUUCAAAUCAGUGGUUUUGAAUAUUUUUGCUAUGAAUAAGUAUAUUGCAUCAAUCAUUAAAAUGCAUUUAUUGCAAAGAGUUGCACAGCUUAAAUAAUAAUAAAGCCAAAUUUACUGAUUACUUUGUCAACAUUCAUACAUUAGAACCGGAAUCAAUGAUAUUUAUGAUGCCGAAAUAAAUGUGUGAAAAG